CACCUCCUUGUCCAGCCUACGCCGACAUACCAUACCUUUGGAGUAGAACUUGCAAUACUCCAUCGCGCUUGUCUCAGCUGUAAUCAAUCACUACGUCUUCGAAACAGUUAGAUAAACAGACCGACGACGCAGUUACCAAGCGAAACUUAGUCAAUCAAAAUGGCCAACGACGAGUACGACUUCCUCUUCAAAGUGGUGUUGAUUGGAGACUCGGGUGUCGGAAAGUCCAACCUGCUUAGUCGAUUCACCCGCAACGAGUUCAACCUCGACUCCAAGUCGACCAUCGGCGUCGAGUUCGCCACCCGCUCCAUCCAAGUCGACUCCAAAACCAUCAAGGCUCAAAUCUGGGACACGGCAGGCCAGGAGCGCUACCGCGCCAUCACUUCGGCCUACUACCGCGGAGCCGUCGGGGCCCUGCUCGUCUACGACAUCAGCAAGCAUCAGACCUACGAGAACGUGACCCGGUGGCUCAAGGAGCUGAGGGACCAUGCCGACGCCAACAUAGUAAUCAUGCUGGUUGGAAACAAGAGCGAUUUGCGCCACCUGCGCGCCGUGCCGACCGAAGAGGCCAAGGCAUUUGCGAGCGAAAAUCAUCUGUCAUUUAUCGAGACUUCGGCUUUCGAUGCCAGCAACGUCGAGCUUGCAUUCCAAAACAUUCUGACAGAGAUCUACCGUAUCGUAUCAAGCAAGGCCCUCGACAGUGGCGAUACCCCAUCAAUGCCGCAGACAGGCACCAACAUUGCGCUGUCCAAUCCGACGGAGGACUCUGCUGCCAAGAAUGGCAAAUGCUGUUAAUUUUUUUUCCCUUUUGUCGGACUGUUUUCUUUUUGCAUCGACGAUAGGGAAUGAGUGAUGAACAGGAGAUGAUCCCAGUUGCGUUACGUCGGGAGAAUGAGGGGCUCACACGAGGAUAUGUCUGUACCUGCUCUAUUGAUGAGGACAGGUGCCCGGGAGGUAUGGGGGGUAUUUCUGUCUCUAUUUUUAUCCCCUAUGUGUUACACUGCUUUUUUCACACAUGUUCACGGGUUGUCUAGGCUUGAGCCAUGAUUGUUCUUGGGGGGGUUUUCAAGGUUUGUUUGGAAGUCAACAUAAUUUCACAAUACCUCUCCAGGCUCAUGUUCGUUGGGUCGUCCCCAGUGACUAAACGAAUUUCUCCUAAGGCGUGUUUUAUACUUGAGGUUCUCUACUACUAUAGUCUUUUUAUUUCCACGUAUGAACGAAUAAAGGGGUAACGUGACGUCUGGGAAGCGGUGUCGCCUCCAUGACAUUUGUUGCAUUUUAAAAAGAAAGAAAAUCCCCAUGGAGACACCCCUGAUGGAUCAAGAUAUUCUUGGAUUGCAGAUACAGCCUC